UCAAAAAGUCAAUAUUUUUCAAUUUUUUCUUGCAAAAAUGACGUUGAAAAAUCUUAAAUUACCACGAGAACGAGUAACACCGAAAAUGACGGUAUCAGAACUGGCAACAGUUGGAAAUAUUUCCUGCACAAGCAGGCAACGUUCGGCCCACCUAGGCCCACCGAUUCUUUUCGACUCUACGGAAUACGGCCCAGCAGUCCAAAAAUCCUAGUUACGCCAUUGGCUUGAGUAGUGUACUGGUCAAAACGAAAAGCCUUAUCUCUUAAUUUGUCAUUCUGGCAGAUGACCAAUGUCAUACAUGCUCUGAUAUAUUAGAAAAACGUUCAUUCAUAGGGAAUAACAUAAGCAAUUCAUAAUUUAUCCUUCAAUUUGUGACUGAACCUCUUAUUUGACAAAUACGCUGUUAGACUAUGUACAUAGUGUGAUGACGUAUAUGGCUGAGAAUGAUGAUAUUAAUCCAGGCUACUACCUAAAAAGGUUUGAAAAGGAGGAAAUUUUUUUUUGCAUCUUGGUUUAAAGAUUUUUCAAAUUAAUCAUGUUUUUCGGAGUUGAGCGUGUAUGCAUUACUAGAUUUUUACUGUUGACAAAAAGGCAGAGUCAAAUUCAAAAAGUGAAAAGAUAGUAAUCUCCUUGUUGUGGUGAUAUUAUAUCAGACAAAAGGUCAUAGUCGUUAGUUGCUAGAAAAAGAGAAAUUCUGUUUUCUGACUGGGCAUGCACCGGUACAGAUCUAUUCGGUUUCGGCCAAUCCCGGUAUUUUGUUUUCAAAUUAUUUAGAUGCGUUUUAAAAACAGAACUGAUUUUCUGUGUACCUCGAUAAGAAUGAUUGAAAGCCAAUCAAUCAAUCAAUUUUAUUUUAGUCCAUGAUCUUAAUAAAAUGACAGGGUAAUGACAAAAGGUCAACAAAGAACUUGUCUAGGUCAUCCCCAGUAAAAAAGAAAAUAAAAGAUAGAAAAGAAGUUUGCCAAGAGUGUCUUGUCAUCCAUUUCACGCUCUGUUUGAUGUGUGAGUUAUCGGUUUCUCAAAAUACAGAAACAAUAACACGAAUAUGUUUAUGACAAAAACAAUUCGUACAGUUUGGAAGACAAUGCAUCUCCAGACAAGCGUCUUAGUUUUUCCAUAAAGUAAUGUUUAUUAUGAAUCUUGUACAAGAAAUUUGUCAUCGUUCACUACUGUCACACAAUUAGAUAAGCUGCCUUUUAUCAUGGAUACAAACAAAAAACAAUAACUUCGUAAUCCACGUUGAAAGAUCCAUCAAGAUAAGAUUGCUCUCAGGGAACCCGUAAUGCAGAAGAGGUGAAAUCCUUAAUGCCAUUUUGUGGCAGCUGGCCUGUCCGUGUAAAAAUAUUACAAUAAAUUUUGAGUAUCAGCACUUUAUGCUACUCGAGCUGCUGCUUGAUAUGAUAUAUUAAACGUCGAUGUUAACUCUAUGGAUGUAGAGAAAAACAAGGUCAAAGUUGCUUGAUUGUGCGAGCGGCCGAAACUUGACAUCUCUAAGAAGGUAUGUAGAAUAUGACUUUUAGCGAACAAAUGUGGGGUUCUUCUAUGCUCUACACGAGAGGAGUGUUGAAAAUUUUGUGACUCUUAUGUCUGUAUAAACACGGCUGACCUGAAGGGAAACACCCGGUUUCAGUUUUUUCAAACCGAUCUUGAAAGAGCCAUUGUCUAUAAAAUCAUUAAUCAAAUGGAUUAACACACUAAUAAACACAAACGAAAGUCUGAAAGUUUCAAACGAAAUCGAUAUUUCAGCACUACUCUAGUCGACACUCCCCCUAAGUCCUCUAUAACUUCCCCAAAUCCACCCGGGAGUCUAGCAGAGGAUCCUGCGGGACCACAUUACGUGGUCUCCAAUGGGGCGGAGAUUGAUGGACUUCCAAGGGGAUCUCGGGCAAAUCCACCAAGCUCUCUAGAAGAUCUACCACACUCCCACGGUGAUCCUCUAGAGAGUGGAUUACCCGGGAAUUUUUCAGAUAUUCUGGUGUAUACAAAUGAUCUCGAUAUGUCUUCGUCUGACGAAAUUUUAGAAUUAGUUAAAAAACUAAAACGUGAGAGCUCAUUUGUUAAUGCUGAAAAGAAGCAAUUGAUCGAAUUAUUUAGUCAGAUUUUAAAGUUAGCUGAACGUUUAUCUCAAACGACGUGGAUUGCUCAACAACAACGUCUUGUUUUAACAUCUUUAAUCUAUACAAAUCGAGUUGGCGACCUUCAAAUUCUUCCCCAAACAUGUUGUCAACGUUUACAACUAUUGGAACAAUCAAAAUUUAUCGAUUCAUACAGAUAUUUUCAUUACAAUCACAGUGAUCACUACAUAAAAUUUUUGAAUUAUCUUCGACAGUCACCUCAUCUGUUAGCCAUAUGUCUAACGAUAAUCGAACGAAUCGACUCGUCGUUAAUGAAUCAAAUCAUUCCCAUUUUGAUGUGCUCUUUGUAUGGUCAAUGUAUAUAUUUACAAGAUGAAUAUUCCGUAUUGAAUAUUCUAAAAUCUCUAUGUGAUAUACAAUUGAAGAAUGAAAACAAUCCAAGGAUAACUGUACAACGGAGUUCAUCAGCAUUCAAAUUAGUUUUUGAUUCAUUUUUAACAUCAUUACAAUCAUCAAAAAUAUUUUUGACAGCCUCCUUACAUGAACCAAUUAUGCAGCUGGUUAUGCAAGACGAUUGGUAUUACGAUAUAAAUCCUGAUAUAUCGAUGAAUCGAUUUUCAAAACAAGAACGUCUAAGACGGUUUGGUCAACCUGGCACUCGAGAUUAUUUGGAUAAAGUUCAAAAAUAUCGUGAUUUAAUUGUUCAUAAACUCUAUUCAUUCACAUCAGCAUUCAUAGAUUCAAUUAAAAAUUCCAUGUUUUAUUUUCCUGUGUCACUCUCAUGCAUAAUAUCACAAAUUUGUACUAUUCUGUCGCAAACAGGCGAUAUAUCAACGAAAGAAAUUCGAAGUCUUUGUUGUGAUAUUAUCAUGACACUAUUUAUUGGACCGGCAAUAUGUGAACCAGAAAAACAUGGAAUUAUUGCUGAUGUUCCCAUUAGUUCAGUAGCUAGACAUAAUCUAAAUCAGAUUGGUAUUAUUCUACAAACAUUGGCGAUGGCAAACGAUGUUGAGAACAAAGCAAAAGAUUUGUACAGUAAAUUUAAAGAGUCAGAUAAUUCUAAUACCAAUUGUGUUUCAAGUAUUUUGGAUAACUUAAUUGAUUCAAGUGCUAAUGUUGCUUUUUCAAUUCGUUCUGUAACUUCCUCCACUUCCUCUUCAUCUCAAAGUGUAUCAAGAAGUGUACUGUUAAUAACACAAAAACAACUUCAACAAUUGGUAAAACGAUGCGUAUUAUUUGCUCGUCGUGCAUCAGCUGAAAUGAAUCAAACACAACAUAGUGAAUUGAAACAACAGUUAGAAACUUAUUUGAAAGAGCUAGUACCUUUGGAAGAAUGUGUUAAAAGUGAAUAUAUGAAUUAUCAACAAUCAAACAAUGAUCAACAAAUAGUGACAUCCACAAUUGCAAGUGAUCAACAAAGUCAUACCAUACAUCAUAACAAUCAUCAUCACCAUAAACAUCAUAAAAUAAAAAUAACAGGAAAAGACAAUAUUAACAGCGCUAAUAAUAGUAGUAAACACAGUGAACGCUUAUCACAUGAUUCUCUAUUGUCCCAAGAAGCAUUUUUACAAACGGAACAAGUUAUCGUAUUUACAAUUGAUUCAAAUGAAACAGAGUGUCCAGGAAUGUUGUCAGAGGAAAAAAUUUUACUAGAAAAUGAAACAAAAUUAAUUAAAAGUAGCAAUACCACUUUAGAAUAUGAUCCAUCAGCUACAGAAAAACGUUUAAGAUUUCUUUUAAAAGACAACAAUAGUGUUGGCAAUAUUAGUGAUAAUCUGGAAGGACUUGAAGGAAUAUCUGAAGGUGCUCCAUCAACAGGAAAUUUAAGUGUAACAUCAUCAUGUGACGAUUUAGAUAAAGCACAAAAUGAAAUGGAAACAGAUGCCAUCUUCGAUAAUGUAUCCGUGAGUGGAAGAGCUACUCCGAAUUUGAGUGGUCGUGAUACGCCAUCGUCUCAUAUUAGUUUGGACAGUAGUCAGCAGCAACAGCAACAACAAAACUCGAAUAUAAGUCAAGAUUCAGUCACUUCAAAUAGUAAUCUUCUUAGUCAUCAUACGCAAUCAGGCAGUCCAAGUACUAUAUCAAAUUCUCAGAACACAAAUGCCUUAAAUCAACAACAUUCGAUACCACGUGGACCGACAGCGAUACCAGUCACUGUGGAAAAACCUUUUAGACAAGAUGUACCAGAAAAAUUUCAUAAUUUUGAUUUACCACAACAAAAUGACGUUGAUGAAACUCGUUCAACCUUAAGCGAUAAUUGGAGUAUGGUACCUGGUCUAAGUGAAUAUGGCGAUCCCCAAGAACAAAUAUCUCGUUUAAAUGAAAUUAUUGAGGAGUUACCCAUAGCGCAAGAAUUAAUUUUUCCAGAAAGCAAUGCUAUGUCAUGUAAUGCUAUAAAACCAGUUGAUCAACAAAGUGACUGUUGGAGUACAGAAGCAUUUGCAUCGGACAGUGAAACACAUAGUGAAGAUGGGCACCAACAGCAAACAUCUCUAAGCAAAAUAAAUUUAUCAUCUUCAACAAUGAAUGAUUCGAUUGGUGAUGCUAAUUCCAGUCAAAUUGUUGAUGACACAAUUAUUGUCCACACAAAACACCAACAAGAUCCACAGACAAAAACUGCCACAAUAACCACAGUUACAAUCACGAAAAGAACAACAACUACUGCGCCAACUCAUAGUAUGCGAACAAAUUCAAUUGCCGAUCCUGUUGAUAUUAUGUUAAUGAAAUCAUCGUUAGAAAGUAUUUCGUCUGCUACUGACAGUGGAAUAUUAGAUAGCACAAAAACAUCGUUAUUAUCUCCCAGUAUCUCUGCUACACCAACAACAAUUUUAAAGCCUACAACAAUUGAAAACAAACAAAAAUUAAUAAAUGUUCAAUUAUCAACUUCUCUAAAUAAUUUAGUUAGUUUUGAUCAAAAUCAGAAUAAUAUUAUUGCUAAUCCUAUGAUGCUAACAACAAAUAUUGAAACUCCAACAUACGAACAUUCCAUCUCAUCCUCUUCAUCUUCUUCUCUUUCACAAUUCUUUGGUCAAACACAACUCACAUCUCCAACAAUAGAGAAGAAAGAAUCUAUGGCAUCGGCAGCAACCAUGUCAAAUCAUAUAUCGAAUUCACAAGGAAAACAAACAUCAUCAAAAUCAAAUGAAAAAUCUCGUUCAUCCAACUUGUCAAAUACAUUUCGUCGUUUUGGUGGUCGUUUUAAUAGUAAAUCACGUGAUCGUGAUCGUAGUGGAGUAAUUAUCUUAGCAGAUGAUCAACAAUUGACUCAAACACAACAAUCGGAAGGAAAUAUUUCAGCCGAUGAUAUUCUAUCAAAAUAUGCAACAAAUAAAUCCCAACAACAACCAAAUAGUAUGAAUUCAACAACAACAACGGUAAAAUUAAAUGGAAAUACUGACGACUACGUAAUGGAAAAACGUGAUACAAUUACCAAUGAAUUAACGAAUGAGACGAUUGAUACAUCUUCAUAUUAUGAUCCAUCUAAUUUUGAUACAUGCAAAGCAUUUAUAGAUGCUAAGAAAAAAUUACGUUAUAUUUUAUCUUUAGUUGAUAUUGAUUGUUGUUCAUUCUCAUCCUAUAUGACAACAUCAAUUGUUGCACGUCGAAAUAGUUCAGCAUCGUCAUCAUCUCUAUCAAUGAAUGGAUCAAAACAAAAUAAUUUAGUAUUAUUUCUUCGUAGUCAAUUGUAUGAAGCAAUAAGUAUGCAAGAUCGAGAUUUACAAUCACAAUUAUAUGAAACAUUACGAUUUGUUCAACAAUUUUCGGAAAUAGAAUGUAAAGAAAUAUUACGUUCAAUGGGUGAUGAUUAUCGAUCGAGGACGGUUUAUAUUGCUUAUUUAGUUAAAAAUAUUGAAAAUUUACUAAAUAGUACACAACAUCAAGAAAAAUUAUUAUUGAGAGUACAAAGAGAUCAAGAUUUAUGUAAACAACAUAUAAUCAAUUAUUUAGCAAAAUUAUAUUUAGAUAGUGACGUACGUGAACGUCGUUUACUCGAGUUUAUUGAACAAUUUCAACAUUUAUCAAUUGGACACGAAAAAAUGCAUCUUGUAGAAUUAUUUCUAGACAAAUGCAAUAGAGAUUUACUAUCUGAUAUUAAUUGGAGAACUGCUUCUCCAGAACAAAUUCAAAUGUCACAUAUUGCAAUUGAACGCAUGGUUAUGUCAAACAUUUAUACACAAGCUUUGUAUCCAAAUGGUCAAGUUGAUGUACAACGAGAUCAAGUAUUUAGUAGUCAUAUAACACGUUUAGCCGAACAAAUUGGUCCAAAUCAUCAAAAAUUACGAAUACAAAAGAUAUUUCAACGAGAAUGUCCGUGGCCAUCAGCUCAAGCUGAAUUAAUUCUGAUCAAUGCGUAUAAAACACCUCGUGAUAAAGUUGGUUGUGUUCAACGAUGUAUUCGUAUAAUUCAAAAUUUAAUUCGUUUAUCGUCAAAUUCGGCAGCUAGUGCCGAUGAUACAAUUCCAAUAUUAAUAUUCGUUAUUAUUAAAGCUAAUCCACCAAAUUUAUUAUCGAAUUUACAAUAUGUUCAAGAUUUAUAUUCCUCUCGUUUAACUAAUGAAGAAUCUUAUUAUUGGACAAUGUUUGUAUCAGCUGUUCGAUUUAUUUGUGAACUUAUUAACUGA